CAAUGGCUCCAAAGCUUACAAUCCUUCUCCUUGUGGCAUUUUUCUUCCUGGUGGAUGCAUCCAAUACUGAAAAUCCAGUUGAUCAGGAAACCUGUCGUCAACAGAUUCAAAAGCAGGGGAUUCUCAGGCAAUGCCAGUCAUAUCUCACAGAGCAGCGGGAUCUUCGCAAGUGCUGCAACCAACUCAGUUCGAUUGACUCAAACUGCAUAUGCUUAGGUUUGAGUCAGCUUAUUAGGCUGAUAAUGCAACAAGGUCUGGUGCGGGGUGAGGGCAUUGCCGAGGCUAUCGGAGUUGCUCGGAAUUUGCCAACGGAAUGCAAUUUGUUAUCAACCCGAUGCGAAAUUAGGGGAAUUUGAAAUGGACGAUAUAUAUGAAUAUAUAAAUGUAACAUUUUAAAUAAAGAUCAUCAUUUUUCCA